AUGGAGGCCUCAUCGAAAAAUACCGUUCAAGCCCUCCAGAUGGGGGAUCCCUAUCCCGGACGUCAACAUACGCUGUUGGCUCAGAUACCGACAUGGGACGCCAUGGUCAAUUUUGGUCAGCGCAACCCGCAGGCCCUGGCGGCCGCAACCCAUGGCUAUCCCCGAUCUAUCAUUCACCCUGAUGUUUGUCGCCUCGGUUUUAAGAUCAAGGGAAAGCUCCAUAGAGGCGCAGAGGACCUUCUAGUGUUAUUGUUCUCCAGCGCGAGCCUCGCCCUCUCAUGUAGGGAAUACGCAAUUCACCUACUGAGGCGUGAUGAGAAAUCGUCGGAUUCCGACAAUUUGAUUCAAUUGCAUUCGAUCCACUUUGACGCACGGUGUCUUGACCAUCAGGGCGAUUGUUCGCCACCUUCGAUCCACGCAGUUGUGUGCCAUCCCGAAGUGUCCCAGUUUGCACGCGCCUUUUGGGAGCGUGCUGGGCCGGGGAUCUCUUCUCGAUUGGCGCUAAAUUGUCUCCAGCACCUCAGCGAUGCACAAAUUGUAUCUCUUGGCCCGGUUUGCGAGGAGAGACCAGAAUCGAAUGCCUCGGUGAUAUAUGAAACUAUCCGGUCCAGGAUUGCAGCUUUGGCCGAGCGCGCCGCAAGGCCCCCUCAGAGAAGAAAGAAGACGGCUUCCUCCGAUGUGUACUUGUACCAGUCGGGGAUGGCAGCCAUCUAUCAGGUGCAUAAACUUCUUCUUGGUUGGAGGGGGGGUGAAUCGGCCCAUGUGGGCCUCCUGUACGGACCGACGCUCAAGGUCCUGGAAACGCAGGGUCCCGGGCUCAGGUCGUACAGCUUAGGGACAGAGGCAGAUUUGGACCGACUUGCUGCCCAGCAGGAGGUGCUGGCUCAAGAAGGCCGGCCUCUGCAAGCGGUAUGGUGUGAAUGCCCGAGCAACCCCUUGCUUCAGACCGUUGAUUUUCACCGGUUACGCCAGCUGGCAGAUCAACAUCGCAUGGUUGUGAUCGUUGACGAUAGUGUUGGAAGCUUCGCCAAUGUCGAUAUGCUUGGGGUUGCAGACAUUCUGGUUACUUCACUGUCCAAGUUCUUUAGUGGUAAAGCCGACGUGAUGGCUGGAAGUGUUAUUUUAAACCCGAACUCACCCCAUUGGACCCAGCUUCAUGAGCUGAUGACCGCAUCCUACCAUAAUGACGUGUUCGUGGACGACGCCAUCCAACUAGAGUACAACAGUCGAGACUUCCUGGAUCGCGUGGCGAAUAUCAACCGAACGACACAAUACCUGAUAGACAAACUGGCGCCUCUAGUCUCAGACCUCUCCAGUCCAAUUACCCGCAUCUUCUACCCUUCUCUUAGUCCCUCCCGCAAGCUCUACGAGCGUCAGAUGCGCUGCGCAACGAAAGACUUUCGCCCGGGAUAUGGCGGGCUGUUCACCAUUGAGUUUGCCAACGUCGCGACGGCCGCCAGCUUCUUUGAUAAUCUCCACAUUUACAAGGGCUUCUCCUUCGGAGCUGACGUUAGUAUUGCCACCCCCUACGUGCAGAUGACGAUGCAGGAUGGAAAGGACAAGGCGGCCAAAUGGGGCGUUAAAGAGACCAUUAUUCGAUUCUCCACCGGGUUUGAAGGACCAGAGGAGAUCUUUAACCGAAUUGACACUGCUCUUAACGCCGCUAAUUGUGUUUGGAGGUGGAGGAAAGAACCCGGGCCAUAG